CCGCUAAAGUCACAACCCUGACUGUAGCCUGCACUGCCUGUUCCAGUGUACUUCUGUAGCUGCUGCUGCUGCUGCCCCUGCUGCUGCUCUCCCUCCCCCUUCAAUGGUGUGGGCAGAGUGGGAUGGAAGACUGCAUUGGAAACCUUUUCACCGAAAUGGUCUUUGCUGUUGGUAUUGCUCUAGCACCAUUCUGGUGACAACAACAUGCCGUUAAAAUGGAAAAGCGGUUCUCCUGUCAGCUGGAAAUUCCCAGUGCCAGUUCUUAAGACAUCCAGGUCCUCACCCCUUUCGCCUGCAUACAUCCACCAACACUCCUUUGUGGUUUGGACAUCCCACUCUCUCCUCGGUGCCUGUCCGACUUACCACCUGACGGGAUCCCUCGUGGAGGACGACGACGCUCACAUGAAAGUUGCUCUGGGCUAUGGUGAUAUGGGCAUCUCUGCUCACCUUCAGGCAUCAAAGACUGGAAACACGCGAUUUUUCACAAGCAACACACACAGCUCAGUGGUUCUUCAGGGAUUCGACCAGCUGAGGAUAGAGGGUUUACUAUGUGACGUCACGCUGGUGGCUGGGGACGGCGAUGAAGCUUUCCCUGUACACCGCGCCAUGAUGGCCUCCUCCUCCGACUAUUUCAAAGCCAUGUUCACAGGUGGAAUGAAAGAGCAGGAUUUAAUGUGCAUAAAGCUGCACGGCGUUAACCGAAUAGGCCUGAAGAAGAUCAUCGACUUCAUCUACACGGCCAAGUUGGCGCUCAACAUGGAGAAUCUGCAAGACACACUCGAGGCGGCGAGUUUCUUACAAAUCCUCCCUGUGCUGGACUUCUGCAAGGUUUUUCUUAUAUCUGGGGUUUCUCUUGACAACUGUGUGGAGGUGGGGCGCAUCGCCAACACGUAUAACCUCACCGAGGUGGACAAAUAUGUCAACAACUUCAUCCUGAAGAACUUCCCCUCACUGCUGGGCACGGGAGAGUUUGUUAAGCUGCCAUUUGAACGGUUGGCUUUUGUACUGUCCAGCAACAGCUUGAAACACUGCACAGAGUUGGACUUGUUCAAAGCCGCGUGCCGCUGGCUACGCUACGAAGACGUUCGUAUGGACUUUGCCGCUAAGCUCAUGAAGAACAUCCGCUUUCCUCUCAUGAACCCACAAGAACUCAUCAAUCACGUGCAGACAGUGGACUUUAUGCGCACGGACAAUACAUGUGUCAACCUUCUCCUGGAGGCUAGCAACUACCAAAUGAUGCCCUACAUGCAGCCGGUGAUGCAGUCAGAACGGACAGCUAUCCGCUCGGACAGCGCCCACCUGGUCACCCUGGGCGGUGUCCUGCGCCAGCAGCUAGUUGUGAGUAAGGAGCUGCGGCUCUUUGACGAGAAGGCUCACGAGUGGAAGGCGCUGGCACCCAUGGACGCACCCCGCUACCAACACGGCAUUGCAGUCAUCGGCAACUUUCUCUACGUGGUGGGCGGCCAAAGCAACUACGACACCAAAGGCAAGACGGCAGUGGACACCGUGUUCCGGUACGACCCCCGCUACAACAAGUGGAUGCAGGUGGCUUGCCUUAAUGAGAAGCGAACCUUCUUCCACCUCAGCGCACUCAAGGGACACCUCUACGCCGUCGGUGGACGGAACGCUGCCGGGGAGCUCGCUACUGUGGAGUGCUACAACCCAAGGACAAAUGAAUGGACAUAUGUUGCCAAAAUGAAUGAACCACAUUAUGGCCACGCUGGGACGGUGUAUGGUGGUUAUAUGUAUAUUUCAGGGGGAAUCACUCAUGACACUUUUCAGAAGGAGCUGAUGUGCUUUGACCCAGAUGCGGAUAAAUGGACUCAGAAAGCGCCCAUGACAACGGUGCGCGGCCUCCACUGCAUGUGCACAGUGGGCGACCGGCUCUACGUCAUCGGGGGCAAUCACUUCCGGGGCACCAGCGACUACGACGACGUGCUGAGCUGCGAAUAUUACUCCCCCGCUCUCGACCUGUGGACUCCUAUCGCUGCCAUGUUGCGAGGCCAGAGCGAUGUGGGCGUGGCCGUGUUUGAGAAUAAAAUCUAUGUGGUGGGCGGAUACUCGUGGAACAAUCGCUGCAUGGUGGAAAUAGUACAGAAGUACGACCCCGAGAAAGACGAAUGGCACAAAGUGUUUGACUUACCCGAGUCGCUGGGCGGGAUCCGAGCCUGCACACUCACAGUUUUCCCCCCCGAGGAUCUCUCGGGCUCGCCCUCCAGAGAGUCACCCCUCUCAGCACCUUGAUGAGUAAAGGGGGGCGGAGCUGUGUUUCGCUCGUAACCCCUUGCCCACCCGACCCCCUCAACAAACACUCCUUAUAGACAUUGUUUGCACUUCCUCUUCGGACUACAUCUGUACUGCAUCCCUAAGUAUCCCCCAGUCCACCCCCCAGAAGCUGUGCAGAAACCCCUCCCUGAGUGAUUAAACCCACGUACCGACAGUUUGGCAACCUAAUUACAUGUUAAAGUUGCAUACUCAGUAUAUUUUUGGCAGGAAGUACCUUGACUUGAAAAGUGACUUUGCAAAUCAACUUUUCUACCUGAUGUCUGCAGUUUUCUUAUGUCUCGUUUCCUUAGGCGUUCUACCUUGAGAUGUUGACUACCGCACUGACACUCUCUUCUAGUCUAUGCCAGGUUAGGUGCAGCAGGUGACUCCUGAAGGCAGAAGCAUAGGGACGGACGAGCUCCCAAACACAGCCGGUUUUUAACUCAGGGGUUGGCCCAGGCCCCAUCUACGAUGCUCCAGUACAGUUUCACUUCUUUCCUGCUAUUGCUAUGAAACUGUUAACAAAAUGGUGUUUUCUAAAUUUAAUAAACAUGAUUUUGAAAGUAA